CUGGAGCCAAGCAGGGGCAGCUCCCAAAAUGACUGGCCACCACAGUUGGGGAUAUGGGCAGGCUGACGGCCCUUCCGAGUGGCACAAAGCUUACCCCAUUGCCCAGGGGAACCGGCAGUCCCCCAUCGACAUCGACUCUGCGCGGGCCGUGUACGACCCCAGCCUGCAGCCCCUCGUCAUCUCCUACGAGUGCUGCGCCUCCCUCAGCAUCGCCAACACCGGCCACUCCGUCAUGGUGGAGUUUGAGGACACUGACGACAGGACAGCAAUCAGUGGAGGGCCCUUUCAGAAUCCCUUCCGGCUAAAGCAGUUCCACUUCCACUGGGGCACCACUCACAGCCAGGGAUCAGAGCACACCAUUGAUGGAAAACCUUUUCCCUCUGAGCUCCACUUAGUACAUUGGAAUGCCAGAAAAUAUGCAACAUUUGGAGAGGCAGCAGCAGCUCCAGAUGGCUUGGCAGUAGUUGGUGUUUUCUUGGAGAUUGGAAAAGAACAUGCCAGUAUGAACAGACUCACUGAUGCUUUGUACAUGGUAAAAUUCAAAGGAACAAAAGCUCAGUUUAGAGGCUUCAACCCUAAAUGUCUCCUGCCCACAAGUCUAGAUUAUUGGACAUACCUCGGUUCUCUGACAACCCCACCCCUUAAUGAGAGUGUGACAUGGAUAGUGCUGAAAGAACCCAUAAGAAUCUCUGUCAAACAGUGAAUUGUUUCCCCUGAACUUCCAGCUGGAGAAAUUCCGCAUGCUGCUCUUCACUGGUGAGGAAGACCAGAGGAUCCAAAUGGCCAACAACUUCCGCCCCCCUCAGCCUCUGAAGGGGAGAAUUGUUCGGGCUUCCUUCAAGGCCUGAAGAAAACUGAUAAUGGCCCUGAGAUAUCCAAGAGCUUCCACAUGUGAGAUACUCGAAACAGAAACUCUGGUCUGCAGACCAGGCAUGGAACACGCAAGGCAGACAUUUCCAUGAACCCUCUGCUUGGACAGGGACAAUCUUCUGGCUUUCUCUUUUAAUUGAAGUGCUCAUUCUUUGGAGAAAUGGCAUCUUUUUAACCAGCACUAUUUAAUAUAAAGGAUAGCUGAGUGAACUAGGUUUGUUAUCCAAGACCUGAAACUUUAUAAAACUAAAAUGACAUUAAAAUCCAACUUGAUAUAAAGUGGAAAAUUGUGCAGUGAUCUACUAGUGCUGAUGGUCACAGCUUCUACUUGUCUCAUUUAAUACAUGAGGAAACAGUAAUCAAGAAUUUUGGACAAACUGGACUUAAAUUUUCCUUACUGAUCUGUUACCAUUUGCUGAGCUCUGAUUUAAAGAUUGCUUUCACUGUAUUCUUGCUUCCUGAUGACACAGCGUGUGAGUAGCACUAGAAAAAAGUUCUUUACUUGCCUCAAGUAGGCCCUGGUAGGAAACUAAAAUGUAUAUUUUAAAUCUACUGUUCUAAGAUGCUAUCUUACAAUGUAAUGCUGUGUUAAAAAGCAGAGCAGUUUACUGCAAUGUUAUUUAGGUGUUUGUCCUUUCAGCCCAUGCAGGACACACGACCACAGUGCCCUGGUCAGGGUCAGUUUGGUUGGAGAGUUCCUCUGUAGUGAUCCAGGUGUGUUUUGUGUUCCUCAGUUGCUCAGAUUCUACCUCAGCUCAGUGCUAUGCUCUGCAAUAUGACCUCCUUCAGUGUCUGCCCGACAGAAACCAGGUAUUUUGUGUCCUUUAGGGAGCUCACAUGGGUAGAUCUUGUCUGCCCUGGGUGAGCAUUGCUGCACAGACCCUCCCUGCUCCAGGGCUGCCUGGCAGGGAUGCUCCCUGCACACACAAGGCUUCAGCACUCCUGAGUCCUUUUACCUCUGCAAAAGUUGCUUUAGAACAGCCAUGUGUUGGUUCUGCAACUUAGGGACAAAAUUCUGACUCUGGUUCUCAAUACUGUGAUGUUCUCUGUGACUACCCACAGUCAGUUCCCAGCUCCUUGGGUCUCACAUGGCCUGUUCUGCAUGUGUAGUUCAGGUAGGAAUUGCUGAUGUCGAUCACUUUGCACCAGCUGAGAUGGAGAAAUCAGGAUGUACAAGGCCAAGGGAGGUGGGGAGCAGGGAGAGCAGCAGCUGCUGUGGCUGCUCCCCUUCCUCCAGGGAAGGAUGACACGAGGUGUGGAGCACAGCACAAGGAGUGAAGGACUGAAUUCUGCUCCUCAAAUCUCCAUGGUUUUCCUGCUACACUGACCUAAAACUUUGUUUCUCAGUCUCCUCUUAUGUAGAAAGAGGGCAACACUGACCUCUACCUCACAGGGCUGUUGUGAGGGCUAAUUCAGCAUUGUUUUAGAUGAGAGAUUCUUAUCCAGGAGAUGCUGAAGGCCAUGGAAAAUACUUACAAAAUGCAAUGGUUUUAGCUAUAAUGAAUGUAUUAUGAACUUUGCUAGUAAUGCAAACUGGUAUUGUACAAACUCUAUUUAAUGUAUCUUGAUUUCUUUAACAAAUUAAAUAAAUGAGACUUUAAAAUC